UGAUGAGAGGGGGAGGGAACGGGGAUGGGAUGCAUCUUCACUGGAGGCUUGUACGCUUGUGUGCCGAUCGGUAGCCUCUGCUGAGGAAGGAGAGUAGAGUGUUUUUCCUUGGAUUGGGAGUCUCUCGAUGCGCGCUUUUUUCUCCCCCUUGGAGUGAAAAAUUUCACGAUGUCUGAUCCGCUUCUGGAUGAAGAAAACAAGUACAAGAAGAGGAAGUCGAAGACAGCGGUUGCUGGGCAGCUGACGAGAUGGUGGAGGAGUGUGCGGAAUGAAGUUAUCGUCUUUGGUCUCCUUUUUGUCUUCAUGCUGCACAAGCCUCCCGUUAACUCAAGCGACGCAUGGAGAAUCGACUUGUUCUCAGAAUAUAUACCUCCACACCCAUGGUACUCACACUUGCUCAAGAGUAGGCAGGAGUUGGGAUUUGAGGACGAGCCAGAGCCACCUGACCUAUGGGACAAUCCAGACAGCGAAGGAUGGGUCAGUUGUUUGGAGCGGAACAGCAACUAUACUUUGCCAGAGAAGAGUACAGGGUAUGUGCAGAUUUUCCUGGAGGGUGGGCUGAAUCAACAGCGUAUUGGGAUCUGUAAUGCAGUUGCCGUUGCACGCAUUCUGAAUGCCACACUCCUGCUUCCGGAGUUUGAUGUGAACCCUGUUUGGCAGGACACUAGCACCUUUGCAGACAUUUUUGAUGUAGGAUAUUUUAUUGAUCAAUUGGAAAAUGAAGUACGGGUGGAGACCCAACUCCCUGUGGGCCUGAGCUGGAGUACACGAGAGUACUACUCGAGUGCGUUCAGGGAAAACCGAGUCAAAAAUGCGCCCAUGCGUGCAUCUGCGAAAUGGUAUCUGGAGAAUGUUCUACCCUUGUUGCAAACGUAUGGAAUUGUGGCAAUCGCACCCUUCUCCCAUCGUCUUACAUUCGAUGGUCUGCCGGAUGAUAUUCAGCGCCUGAGAUGCAGAGUUAAUUACCAGGCUCUGAAGUUCGUGCCUGCAAUUCACAAUGUCGGCGACCUGAUAAUAAAUCGCCUUCGGACAGGCUGGCCAACUUCUGCGAACAGUUUUCAAUCUAUUGACGAGGAGCUAGAUAGUGUCUUUGAAGAGGAGCAAAGAAGGAUUGGCUUCCGCAAGCUUCGCAGUUCUCGCGCUGCUCUUCCGCCGAGGAGACCCGCCACCUCUGCCAAGAAUAGCACGAUGCAUGAGGAGUUCGGAGAAAAAAAUCCUAUCUCGGUGGAGCUUGACGAUUUGCCUCAGGAGAAGUACGUGGCCCUCCAUCUGCGCUUCGACAAGGAUAUGGUGGCGCAUUCGAAGUGUGAUUAUGGAGGUGGCAGAGCUCAGAGAAUUGCUCUUGAUAGCUACCGCAGCUUUGCAUGGCCCGAGGGUGUUUCCAGCAACAGUGAGAGUGAUAAGCUGCGGCAGAAUGGCAAGUGUCCACUGACUCCAGAGGAAGUGGGGCUCCUACUUGCAGGCAUUGGUUUCACGAAGAAUACACGGCUCUACCUCGCUACGUACAAGGUCUACGGUGGCGAGGAACGCAUGACGCCUCUAAGGGAAAUGUUCCCCUUGAUCGUGAAUAAGACGUCAUUGGCAACCGCCAAAGAGCUCAGCUAUUUCACCGGCCACUCUACCAGGCUUGCUGCUCUUGAUUACCAUGUGAGCCUCCAUGCUGAUGUCUUUGUAUCAGCUUCAGCUGGCAACAUGUAUAAUGUGUUGGCCGGUCACCGCGCAUUCGUUGGCGUUAAAAAGACGAUAAAGCCGUACCCGCAGAUGCUUGCGAGUAUCCUUUCAGACCGAUCAAUAAGCUGGGAUGAAUUUCGGAGGCAAGUGGCGGAGCUGCACUCCAACCGAACAGGAGCUCUACGGUUUCGACGUGCAGGCCAGUCCAUAUAUACAUACCCUGCACCUGACUGUAUGUGCCAGCAAGACGAUGAGCAACAGAAAGAGGACCAACAACAGAAGUUCAGGUUGUUGGAGGAUGCUAGGCAUAGAAUAAACGAUGAUGAUUCUGAUAAUAUAUUUGAAGGCGCAGAAGACGAAGACGAUACGUGACAAGGAGCAGCGAAAGGGCUCAGCUCUAUCUAUUUCAGAUGCUGACAGGGAUAUAAGCAAAAGGGCAUUGUCUAUUGUGAAUGCGAACAGCGAUUACCAAAAGGGCAUUGUCUAUUGUGAAUGCGGACAGGGCUUAGCAAAAGGGCAUUGUCUAUGUCUAUUGUGAAUGCGGACAGGGAUUGCAAGUGAAGCAGAAAAAGAGGUUCGAUGCCAAGGAGGGAGAAGAGGCAUUAAUCAAGCCAGAUAAGAGUG